CUGCCGAUAGAAGACUCAAACCUUAUUCCUGAGAGACGUUUUAGUAAAAAGUGCUCUUCCAUCGGCUGAUCUUUACUCUAACACCGAGGAACCAGCAGCGACGCCCGACGCGCUGAGCUAAAAGCGGGGACGAGAAGAGCGCCGCAGCCAUGCCGAAAUCCAAGAAGAGGAGCAGCCGGCCCGCGGGUGGCCGUCAGAAAACCAUCCAGCCAUUUAGCGAUGAUGAUUCCUCCAUUGAAACCAUGAGUCACUGCAGUAGCUUCAGUGAUGUUGCCAGCUUUGCUGAAGAUGUAGGGGCGGAGGUUGAUGAAGAAGCUGCUCAGGAAGACUUGGAAUUCAAACUGAAGGGACUUAUAGAACUGACAAUGGACAAGAGUGCGAAGACCAGGCAAGCUGCCCUUGAAGGACUGAAGAAUGGUUUGUCCUGUAAGAUACUCUACGAUUUCAUCCAAGAAAGGAGGAUAACCCUUACAGAUAGUAUUGAGCGUUGCUUGAAAAAGGGUAAAGGUGAAGAACAGCGUGUGGCUGCAGCUCUAGCCUGCCUCCUGUGCUGUCAGCUUGGCUCUGGAGUGGAAAGCGAAGAAGUCUUCAAAACCUUAGCUCCGGUCUUAAAAAACAUCAUUUCUGACAGGAGUGCAAACAUGUCUGCUCGCCAGGCUUGUGCAGGUUAUUUGGGCCUCUGCUGCUUCAUUGCCACAGAUGACAUUGAGGAUUUAUACAUGACAAUGGAGUGUAUGGAAAAUCUCUUCACCAAGCAGUAUCGCUCAGAAGGUGGAACUGAUAACGCGUCAGCACUUCACAUCCAGGCUCUGCAGUCAUGGGCUCUCCUGCUGACCAUAUGUCAUAGUAGUGAAGUGAAGAAAAAAAUUGAGAUGCAUGUACAUAAACUUCCACGGCUGUUGUCCUGUGAUGAUGUGAACAUGAGAAUUGCAGCUGGGGAGACACUGGCUCUUUUGUUUGAACUAGCACGAGAAGCAGAUGCUGACUUUUAUUAUGAAGAUCUUGAACCUUUAACUGAAACUUUGAAAGCUUUGUCCACUGACUGUCACAAGCAUAGAGCCAAAGUUGAUAGAAGGAAACAACGGUCAGUUUUUCGAGAUGUCCUUAGAGCUGUAGAGGAUGGAGACUUCCAGUCAGCAGUGAUCCAGUUUGGGAGAGAACGCAUGCAUGUUGACUGCUGGGUGAAGAGACUAACAUAUGGGGUCUUCAAGGAACUGUUUGGUUCGGGAAUGCAGUUUCAUCUUAUGACAAAUGGAUUUCUGCGCAGUAUUUUUGAGCUUGGUCCCCCAUUGCUUUUGGAUGCAGCUACUCUAAAAGCUAUGAAGGUUUCUCGUGAUGAAAGGCACAUGAACAACUCUGCUGCAUUCAAAGCUCGUACAAAGGCUAGAAGCAAAUUGCGUGACAAGAGAGCAGAUGUUGGAGAGUUCUUCUAAAUAUUCAGGAUGGGAUCCAACCUUGAAAUGUGAACAAUCGGCAAAUGAAAAACAAUUCCUUGGAGUGAGUUGGCUUAUGUUAGUCAUCAGCCGAAGUACCAUUUUUUGUGUUUGAUGCAUAUUGACUGGGUUUAUAUUCUAUUUAUACUUUUUGUAUGUUCACUUACUUGUCAAGUCUGCAUGACUUCUUUUUCUUGUACAGCAUGGAGGCGUGAGGCAAAAUUAUUUUCGAAGCUUUGUGUAUAUAGUCUUCAUUUUGAGCAUUUUUAACCUAUACUCUAGGAGGUUUAAUUAUAGAGUGCUUAAUCUAGUCCAUAGGCUUAUUUUGUUUUCUCUUAUAUAUGUAAAUGUAUAAAUAAAAUUAUAUUUCAUAAUGUAUAUUUUCAUCUAAUGUGGUUGUAUCCUAAAUAUCAUGUAUCUGACUAAUAUGGGGCGUGGAUAGAAUAAACUUGAUGUAGUUCAUAAGAUAGCAUGUGUAUGAUUAGAUUUUUUUUUUUUUAAUUAUUAUUUUAAUGUGUACUAGCAUUAUAAAAUGUAUGAAAUGGCAUUAUGGCUUAAUAAAAUUCUCUCUAAUACUGUGUGUUUUUUAAUCUGCAUGUUGGGCACAGUCAGUAACACUUUUUUUACAAUAUUUUUCGUGCUGUAGCCUUAAACUACUAU